CGUGGCCAGGGGGCUCAAUAGCGCCCCUAAGCAAACAAUAGGUUUUGGACAAUGUUUCUUUGAUCUUUAUGAGAUCUGGUGGGAUUAUUGCUUUUAUUACAAAGACCACAUUUCUGCUUUUUUUUAAUGAGAUUUUGCUUAAAGGCAGGGUAAGCAAGUUGCUUCUAAAACACUUUUUGUCAUAUUUGUUGAAACUGUCUAUAUAUACCAGUGCAUAUUAAAAAGUUAGUUGCUCUGAAAAAGAGAGUAUAAAAAUCGGCUGUCUGUAGUCCUCUUGGGGCUGCAGUAAAAACAGCCAUUCGUUCCAUUCGGGCCGAAUGCAAUGAUUGGCUGGCUCACUCUCCCUUGCUGCCAUGGCUACCAGCCCUGCUGCUACAGCAGCUGCCCACAUGCGCACACCCGGUCAGCUCUGUCAGACCUGAUGAGCAAAGCGGUCAGACCGGAGGUAAUGUCUGCAUGGCUUUUCAGCGAUGGUGACAACUGAGGUACCACAAGGGGCUGAAAAGUUACACCGUGGUGGCUUUAUUUCUGCUGGACAGUCCUCUGACAGGGUGUAACCAGGAGCAAAAGCUCUUGACUGACCUGUGCCAUGAAGACCCAGAAGGCCCGAGGUGUUACAACAGCUUCACCUUUCUGCCAUCAAAAGUCUCACUUCAACUUACGAGGCAGAAACAAGAAAGACAGAGUUGUCCAAGGCAAGCUUCGCAUCCGCUCCCUGCCUGGAGUUUUCCUGGUGGUGGGAGUUAUCGUGGUGGUUGUUGGCACAGCUCUGGCUGUGGCGGGAUACUGGCCCUACCGGAUAUCAAGAUCAUCCAUCUUGGGAGCUGCAGAGGGGGAAAGUAUCUCUGACUCGCAGACAUCUGGCUGGAGUCUGGGAGCUAAGGGCCUCCUAUCUACAGCCAGCCUGAUCCACAGUGAACGGAUGAAGCUCUUGGGACCUGUAAUCAUGGGGGUGGGACUCUUCAUUCUCAUAUGUGCCAACACAGUCCUGUACGAGAACCGGGACAGAGAGACUCAGAUGCUGCUGGCUCAGAUGCGUAGUGUAAUCUGUUCAGUGUCUGCAGCUGUGCCCUCAGCGGACCUUAAAGAAAUAGCAACAGCCAACUCGAUGGCAAAACACUACCAGUGGGUAAGCAGCUUACCAGCGGCCCAUGUCAGCAUCCUCUGUUUGCAGCAGCUGGCCAGCUCUGAGCCCUUGCUCCAGACCACACACUCCAGAGACCAGGAGGACAGCGUGAUGGGCAUCUACCAGCAAGCUGUUCUCCAGACAGAAGACCACCACCACCAGGAGUCAGAGCCUCCACCUUGCUUCCACUCCAAAUCCAUCUCACGUAAUUCCAGUCAGACAGACUUUAAUGCACAGGCUGGUACUGAGCACAAGGACAAGCCCAACAACUGCCUAGUGUCUGCCAGCUCCAUAUCCCUAGGGUUGGACAAGGUGGAUAUCCUGACUGCCCAGCCGAGGCGCUGCCACAGUAUGAGCUACAGGACUAACCCUUACAUAGCACUAACUGUUGUGCUUCUUGAGGAAGGACUCCACGCCCUCGGAGAGGAGGGUCAAAUAAAUCAGCCGCUAGUCACAAGGAGAGAAGCUAGUUCACAGGUUUGCAUAAACAUCCCCAGGCAGUUUAUGGGUGCAGUUGAGCAAACUCACAGAAGCUGGCCUCGGCUAGACCAGUGCAGUGGGAGACGAUACCUGAGACUUGAGAACAAAGAGGACUCAGCGGACAAACUGCUGGAUCAGUUAGAGCAGCAGUGUACUCAGUGGGAUAAGAGUUUUGGCUCUGGGCCUUUCCAGUGAUAGCUGCUUAAGCUAUACAGUUCAGAGGGUACUUCAAGAUACAAACAUCCUGACAACCAAGAAGUAAUGAUAGUUUCCCCUGGAUUUUCUCCUAUAUAGAUUCUGUGGGGCAGAGAGAAACUAAGCCCUGGAUCAUUUGGAGUACAGUAUUUCUCACAAGGUUCAUCUGUUCUCAAUCUUAAAUUGAAUAUUAAUACACAGAGGUUAUUGUCUUUGCUUGGCUAGAUUUGGCAGAAAUGCCCUUGUAACUCAAUGCCAAAUUGGGGUUGCCUGUUUCCAGGACAUAGUGUGCACAACCAAGUGAGGGAGAAAUAGACGGGUGCAGGUUGUUUUCACUGUGCAGUCGAUUUAAAACCAAACUACCUGUCCUCCUGAACCCAUAAAGUGCUGACAGCUCUUGAUAAAUGCAAGUACAGAAAAGUUUGACUUUUUUUACUCAGCUGAUGUCGCAUACUCUAAAUGCAAUGCAUGGCAGUGAUGUACAGUAUGUUACAUCUUAAUACUUAUGCAGAGCAAUGUCUUUGAUUGUUUUAUUUGCACAAGAAGUAGUGAAGGUCAAAAGAUUAUUUUAUUUUAUUUUAAGAGAAAUUAUUUC